CAUCCGCAACUGAUAAGAAGAGUGAAUGAAAUAUGUUUUAAAAUUUGUAUAAGCACAGAAAUUCCAAGUUUAUUUUAAUAAAAACUACAAGCGUGUCACAGUCAUUAAAGAGAUCUUGUAAUGAAAAAGUGUAUUUUUUUCUGAAAUCCACAAGUGAAAACAUUAUAUUUGAAAAAUAAUUAAAUUGUAAAAAAAACAUAAAAAAUGCAUGAAAAAGUAAUAUGUUUGGCGUUCAUUAUAGUUUCCAUCAUCAGUGUACAAGCCCAUGCACAAUUUUGGAAAUUGAAUACAAUGAGUGAGAAAGACAGAUUUAUAUUGGAUGUGAAAAGUACCAUGUCAGCUGGUAUCUGUUAUAAGAAAGUGCAAGCCAAAGCAAGUGAUCCUGAAUUGCGCAUACGUACUGUGUCCUUUUGCUGUGAUGGCUAUAAACGCAAUCCUUUGUCACCACAUUUGGUGAAAUGUGAUCCCGUUUGUAAUGAGGACUGCAGUUAUGGCAUUUGUUCAGCACCGGAUACUUGUGAAUGUUUUCCGGGCUAUGAACGCAAAGGUGGAAGAUGUGAAAGUAUUUACUAAAAAUUAAUAAAUAAAGAAGCAUAUUAUUUUUACAUAAA